AUGGAUUGCGCCAGCCACCGAAUCCCGCUUGGGAUAUGGCGCCUUCGUAUAUACCAUCAGCUUUUAUCUACAUCUCAACGAUCCCAACCUCAUCGCUCCUUUUCAUCGAAAACACGCCAGAACCAGUCCCAAGAUGGGGCCUCAAUUCCCCCAUCACAGCGCCUACCACAAUCGCCUCUCCUCACCCGUCUCAGCCCAGGUUCAAAUCAGAAACCCGACCCAAAACUUAUGCCUGAAAAGGCAGGCCUUGAACCGCUCGCCAAAAACCCCUGGGCACUAGCUCUAGCGUCGCCGAUGAGAACAUGUUCUCUAUCGGGAGCAAGGAUGCCACGCGCCCUUAUGGGAGAAUGGGGGCUAGUGCGGAAGCCGAACACGGAAGAAAUGUAUCUUUUACCUGUUGAUCUGCUCAGGGAGUCACUGGAAGGACGCAAUACAAAAGGCCAAAACCAGAGUCAAAAUGCAGCUGCAGCUGAAGACAACAGUCCCAUGAAGGCUCGGAAAGAAAAGUUUGGUCGCCAGCUGGUAUUCCUGAUGACCAAUUUUAUGUCAUCUUUACGAGCCAUAUCCAAACCACUCGGGAAAACCGGCGGCAAGAAGCCGGCUGUUUCGAGGCUUAUACCUUUCCGGUGGAAGCAUCCUCAAGGGCCUAUCACAGCGCGCGAGGAAAGGCAACUGGUUUGGAUGGAUAAUAUGCCAGAAUACAUGCUGCGGCAUAUGAGAAGUAAGGUGGUCAAGCAGCUUGUAGCGGCUUGCCUAAAAUCAAACCACCUUGGCGCUGCGAAUCGGGUUUGGAGUGCUAUUGAGAUGCAAGUUUAUUCGCACUCGGCCUUGUCGGAGGCUUUGGACCGACUAGAGCCAAUGGAACAGAUGGAAUGUGGCGCGGUCAUUUUACUAGGAGGCCACAAAAAUGAAAAUAGCAGCGGGUCUUUCCCAAAGUCUGUUAUCCUUUCCCAGAAUCAAAGAGGGGUUCCUGUGUUUGACCUUUCGACUCUGUUAUCGCACUCGGACUUAGCGAAGCUGCGAGAAGCUGUCCCGCACUUUCAUCAGUCGGCAUUGUUUUUCAGACCGAAUAACAAGGCCGUGAGUGAGUUGAUGUUGUCGCUGUGGAAAUUGAAGCAAUUCCUUGAGAAUGACAAGGGAUUUGAGGGAGUUUAG